GUCAAACACAAUUAUUUACAAGAACAAUCAAAAUAGCAACCAUGCCUCUCUGCACCCUCCACCUCAUCGCCUUAGACCCUACUCAGCCCAGGGCGCAGCAGUCGUUUCUCUCAGCGCUCAAGGCCACUACAAUCUCGCCCCUCGUCCUGUCCCGCGUGAUACGGUGGAUCAUCCUGCCCUCGACAUUAUCCACCGAGCACCUGCUCGCCCGCAACGCCCGCUGGGACUUCCUCCUCAUCCUGGAAGGCCCGGCUGCCCCGCUACCACCGUCGUUGCAACCACACAUCCGGCUCACAUGGAGCAUAACCGCUGGCGUGCCGUCCCGCCUGACCCAGGACUUUGCCGCCAGGAACCGCAAGAUGCUGCAGGCCGUGCCGCCGGGGGGCACCAAGGCCGCCAACGACGCCGCCCUGGGGACCACGGAGGAGACCACCACCACCCCCACCACGCCGCCGUCCUCGUCCUCCCCACCCCCCUCCGCACAGAGCCUCGAGCUCUCGUCCGGCCUCAGAGACUGGAUCCGGGGUUUCGUGGCGGGCGGGGGCGAAGAGGCGCGGGGCGCCGUGUCGAUGCUCAACCUGCUCUCCUUCCGGCCGGGCAGGAAGGGGUCGUACCUCGAGUACGGCAGGGCGUUUGCCUCGUCCGUUGGGGCCUCGCACGGCGGGGACGCCAAGAUCGUCGGCGGGGUCACGCACACCAACGGGUCACCGCGGGGGCAGAACGCACGGGACGGGGAGGGCUGGGAUGAGAUCGCGCUCGCGCACUACCCUAGUACUCUGCAUUUUGCGGCGAUGCUGAGUGACCCCAGGUAUCAGGAGGUUAACCAUAAGUACAGGUUGCCGGCGCUGAGGGACACGGCGAUCUUGAUGACGAGCGAGGUUGCGUGUGGGCUGGAGGGGGAGGGACUGCUGGAGGCGAGAUUGUAG